AGGGAGACACAUAUCGGUGGGGAAACAAGAGUUCCGACACAAGAGAGAACCGGCACCGGGGCCACCGCGCACAACAAAAGCCUCCCAGAAACGUGAAUGAGAGCGCAGCAGACAACCUCCUCCGGCCUCUGAGUGAACCGUUAUCAGCCCCGCCGUGUGUCGCAGACCAGAACCGCAGAUGGACACCAGAAACACCAGUGAAGAGAAACCUGUCCAGCGAUCUAAGUCCUUCAGCUUUAAGACUCAAAAGGAAGUGUGUACAUCAUGUGAGAAGACGGUCUACCCAAUGGAGAGAUUGGUGGCCAACAACCAGGUCUUCCAUUCAUCAUGCUUCUGUUGCAAGCACUGCAACGCCAAACUCAGCCUUGGCACCUUCGCGGCUCUCGCGGGAGAGUUUUACUGCAAACCCCACUUCCAGCAGCUGUUCAAAAGCAAAGGCAACUACGACGAGGGCUUCGGACGCAAACAGCACAAAGAGCUCUGGGCCUCCAAGGAGUCAGAGAAUAUAACAAAGACGGCAUAAUCAUGUCUGCCUGUGACCCGACCCAUCCCCAUCCCCAUCCCUCUUACUUUCCCUCCUCCUCCUCCUCCUCCUCCUCCUCCUCCUAACACCUUCAAAUACAUCAUGAACACACGCCCCCACAUAUGUCGGGGGCGUUGUUAAAUCACCCAUGCGCUCACUAGCUUUUUAAACGCCAUCAGAACAGGUACAUGCACAAACAGCUAUGAAAUUACAGGCCAGUUAUAAUCCAUACCACUUCAAAUUGAUUUCGGGGAUAUUCCUUUUUUUGAUUUUUAUCUUUUCCAAUUUCCUGUUUUGGAAUUGGUACUUGAUUGUGACCAAAAGCCUUCUCCGGUACGGGGAGUGUAAUAAUUUCUUUUAGUUAACUUUUUUUUUUAAAUAAUUUGCACCCUUUUUAUUUUGAAUAACUGUAUGCUCAGGCAAACAUAUCAAGAGAGGGGUUACAGAGCAUCCAUGUUUUGCAGUAGAGCAUACACUCAGGUCAAUUUUCAGAGGGUCUUCAUUUGCGAUGUCACCCGAGCAUUUUUACACAAAACAAACAAAAAAAACCACACAAAUCAAAAUAAUAGUCCUCAGUAUUGUGACUUUGCUGUCAGUUUGUCAGGUUCAAUGUAUUUGAGGAACUAACAGGGUACAGAGUACUGUAAAAUAACCGCACACAUCAGCAACAGCUCACCUCUCGUUUUGUUAGUUUGUGUUUAGUUUCACUAUUGUUCGCUUCAUCCCAUGGUUCUGGUUUUUUUUUUUUUUUAGUGCCCAGUUUGAGUCUUAUCCUUGCAUGUUGGUAUGACUGGGUCUUAAUAGCCUUAUCUUACGACUGUAUCGACCUUUUUUGUGUUGUGGAUGAUUAUUAUCGUCUGUUUCAUUUACGCAUAGCAGACCCACUUUUUAAAAAAAAGUUUUUAGGAGCACUUGAGUUUGGAUUUGAUUGAUGUCACGGCAUAAGUUUGAUCCUCUCUGAGCUUUUAUGGUUGAACUUUUAACAGAAUACUCAGAUUGUGUUUUGUAAACUAUCUGUACAUAGAGCUGUCGUUUGUGAUUAGUGAACGUCCCCCCUCGUUGUCCCCCCCCGUCCCCCCCAGUCCCCACCCUCCCACCAUAUUGUACUUGCACAUAUGACCACACAUGAUCACCAGACCAAGAUGUUGAUAAUCACAGGGAAACUGAAGCCUUGUCCGUGAACAUCCCUCACGCACGCCGUCAUGUUAAAAGCAUUUUAGGGAAGUGUUUGGUUAAAUUGAUGAAAGCAGUUAACGUGUCUUUAUAUCACAAGAGUGACGCGAAUGAGGAUGUUUUCGACGGACGGAGCUUAAGCCUUCGCAAGAAACCACACGAUUUUGUUCCUUCGUCUGUUCACGAUUGUCAGUUGUUGGCGUCUUGUGGUGAUUUUUUUUUUUUUUUUUUUUUUCCUCCUCUGCUGUACUUGAGUGUGUUCAUGUAACUGGACAGUCUUUAUGAGAAUCAAUCCAAUCACAUUGUCUUGAACAUCACCAUCAUCAUCAUCAUCCCCUUCCACUAGCCCCCCAUCCAAUAAGCGUGGACAGGUUUCCUUUUAAAAAUAAAUGCCUUCCUGUUCUCAUCUCCUGUCUUAUUAGCUAAAUACAUCUUAGCACUUGGACCUAUUUCUUGAUAUUCGAUUUUACAGUAGGUGGCUGACGGAGCGUUUCGUCACGGUACUGGUCCCCUUAAAUGUGCUCCUGCAUGCUGCAUGCAAAACCCAGUGCAGAGCACCCCCUGCUGGGGAAAGUGUGACAGUGGUGUCUUAGUGUGAGAGGAAGAAGAAAAAAACAAAAAAAAAAGAAAAAUUGUUGCCCAUAAACUUCUCAACAAAGCCUUUAUUCAAAAAGUUUUUGAAUAAGUUGCCUGUCUGCGGUGCAACUACUGCACUCCAGCCACUUUUGAUCUUUAUUUAAUUGCAGCACCUAAGAAAAAUCAAUCCCAUUUAGACCAAGUUUUCCAUGUCUAUAUUUCAUUCUGAACAAAGAAUGAGUCUAAAGCCAUUCAAAUAUCUCCUUUUAGAAAAUAUCUGAAUACCACUGAGACUUGACUGACACUUGAAUGACACAAAAAAAAAAGUACUUUUUUUUUUUGUGACUGAAAGUUUACUGUGAAUUUGAGCAUGCUGUGCAGAAUAGAAAGCUAAACAGAUGGAUAUUUGCUACUUUUUUAAAGAAAGAGAAGCCUUAGAAAUAAAUAAAUAGCUGACCUUAUUGCUUUUUUUUUUUUUUUUU